GGGCAUGACGCGGGCGUCACCACGCUUGUCACCUCUUCAGAUGGGCGCUGGGUAGCGACGGCGUCCUGUGACCUCACUGUCAUCAUCUGGGAUGCCCGGGGUGCAUGUAUCUCACAAGAGUGGAUCGCCCAUGACGGAUACGUCUGGGAUCUCGCAUUCUCUCCAGACAGCCGAUACAUCGUGUCCGCAGGUGGAGAUGGGAAGGUCGCAAUCUGGGACAUCAGCGGCAGCGCACUCCAAGUCGCCUCUCUCGAAGGUCAUGCUGCUCCCUGCAGCAAUUGCGCGUGGUCCAGCGAUGGCGCUUACAUUGCAUCCCGAGACAUCGACGGCACUCUAAGGCUCUGGGAUGCACGAACAUUCCAGCCACUACCCCUAGAUGGCGCCGAAAAGACGACACUCUACCCUACGGCAGCCGCAUUCAGCUCGGAGAGUGCACGCGUCGCUGUUGGAUAUGCGGAUCGGACGAUUUGCACUUGGGACAUGGCGACCAGACAGCAGUCUCUAGUCUUGAAGACGCACGGUUGGGUCUAUGAUGUGGUAUUUUCCCCGGAUGGUCGGCUGUUGCUCUCAGCGUCGAAAGAACAGACGAUGAAGGUGUGGGAUGCGCACACAGGUGCUAUGGUCCAUGCACUAGGGGGACACGAGUCGAGGGUGUGGGAGGUAUGUUUCUCGCCAUGCGGGAGUUAUAUCGCCUCUGCAUCGGAAGACGAGACGGUGAGGUGUGGAGGACGAGUGACGGAUCGUGCUUGGCGACGCUCUCCGACCACGGUGACAAGGUGUCGCAUGUUGCGUUUACCCCCGACGGGACGGUGUUGUGGUCUGGGGCGGUGA